CAAUGACAAAUAUAAACAGGCUUUUCUCCAAGUUCUAACACGAGAUUUUACAUUACUUAUAAUGAAUCUCCGUGCCAUAGUUUGUGAUCUCGAUCGUUAAGUAGAGAAGAGGAAAACUGAAAGUUAUCCCUAAUGGGUUUCAUGUAAUUGUGGAUAAUUAUUGAAUGUACGAUUAAAGCGGAGGGUUAAUCAAUUAAUCUUUCGUGAGGAACAAUAAACGUUAUAAUUGGAACUAUAAAUCAGACAGACUGAACAACAAUCCAUAUCAGGGGAAAUGUUUUGGAUACAGACUUCACCAUUAAAUACCAUACGUUCUAGUAUUAAUGAGACUGCUUCUAGGUGAUAUUACUAGAGUUAGAGAUUGAUACGGACAUACUAUAGAUCUAUACUUAUAAACAAAACAUGGAUACACUUUUAGCAAGAAUUGCGGAGAAAACUGAUGAAUUACCAGAGGAUGAUUUGGAAACCCUAGCGACGGACAUAGAGAGGGCGAUCUGGAGGCGAGACGAAGCGACUGUAUUGAGGAUAUUCCAGCACAGACCACGACGGUUGGUGCUGGGGGCGUUGAAUCAUCUAUCGGUGGAUGGUGAGAGUCCAGUCCAUGCUGCUGCCCUGCAUGGCGAGGCAAACCUACUGCGUUUGAUGAUUGAGUUUGGAGCAGGUGUAAAUGGAGUGAACAAGUAUGGUUGGACUCCACUGCACUCCGCGGCUAGUGGAAAUGAGAUCCAAACAGCGAAUAUGCUCCUGCAACACGGGGCCAACAUCCACGCAACCGAUCGCCAUGGUGACUCAGCUUUACACUGGUCGGCAGAGAAUGGCAAUCCCGGUCUAUCACAGUUAUUGAUCGAGGAAGGUGCUUUGGUGAAUCAAAUGAACAAAAUUGGAGUCGGUGAAACGCCACUGACAAAAGCUGCCCAAAAUAAUAAGAUCCCAACCGCUAUGCUGUUGAUAAUGUUAGGAAGUGAAGUGAACUGGAACAAGGGCAAACCUGCGAUCCACGCAGCAGCAAAACAAGGACAUACUCUUAUGGUGAAUAUGUUGUUGGAUCAUAGGGUCAAGGUCAAUUUGAAAGAUGGCGAUGGAAACACUGCUUUGCACAUGGCGGCUGUUGGCGACCACACUGCAACAGCCAAGCUUCUCAUAGAGAGAGGUGCCCGUAUCAAUGAUAAGAACAAAGCUGGUCAAACUCCACUACAUUAUGCCGCACUUGAGAAUAGCGUACAAACAACCAAGAUGCUACUGUUGAAAAAUGCCGACUUCACGAUACCUAACUACAUUGGCGAACUUGCUCUUCAUAAUGCGGCAUAUAUGGGGAACGUAGAUAUUCUACGUAUGCUUAUGGACAAAGGUUCUAACAUCGAUGCAAUCACUAACUGCGAUAAAUCACCUUUGAUUCUUGCGUCACAAACAGAGCAUAGUUUGGGUUGCUCCGUCCUGAUGCAAAGAGGCGCAGAUGUCAAUAUCAAUGACCAGUACUGCUUCACACCCCUUCACUUCGCAGCUUGGAGAGGGAGUUUCAAAGUCGUUAGAGAGCUUUUGGACAAAGGUGCGAAAGCGAAUAUAUUGGGCAUGACAGUGCUGGGGGAGUACUCCACACCAUUGCAUAUAGCAGCAGAGCAUGACCAUUGUGAUGUCGUAAAGCUUUUGAUCACAAGAGGAGCAGAACCAGAUCAAAGAGGAUCAUUUGGAAAGACGCCGUUACACGCUGCAGUUGCUAAAAACUCUGUCGAAUCUGCUGCGAUAUUAUUGAACGCUGGUGCAAACAUUGACCUCAAAGAUACAAAUGGGUGCACUUCAUUGCAUAUAGCAGUGAUGCAGAACCAUUUAGAAAUGACUAAACUGUUACUCGAAAGAGACUGUGAUACAAGUUGCAAAAACAGAAAACAAAAAGCAGCGAGUGAACUUUGUAAAAGCGAUGAAAUGAGAGCUUUAUUUAGCAACAUAGGUCUUUUCCCAAUCCUAUUUACUUUUCUUGUUCUUAUAUAUACAGCAACUGGUGCACAAUAA